AAAAACUGGUUGUGUUUGUUCCAUUGAACAAAUAAAGCAUUACGACCCCAACAGAGCCGGCGCUAAAAAGGAAGCUACGCAGGGACUAAAAGCAAAUCAGAGGGAAAGCGUGGGGCGAAUAUAGGACCGCAAGGAGACCUGUAAACACUUCGAAACCCCGUCUUCGGGGUCCCCUGAACGACUUUUGCGUCGAUGAACGCGACCCCAUCUUUGUCGGGUUUUUCAAAGACGCGGAGUUUGGGGCCCGCGCUGCCAUGGCCGCCCCGGCAAACGCGCAGACCGCCAGCAAGACCUGGGAGCUCAGCCUGUACGAACUUCACCGGACGCCCCAGGAGGCCAUCAUGGACGGGACGGAGAUCGCCGUCUCCCCGCGCAGCCUGCACAGUGAGCUGAUGUGCCCCAUCUGCCUGGACAUGCUGAAGCACACCAUGACCACCAAGGAGUGCCUGCACCGCUUCUGCUCAGACUGCAUUGUCACCGCCCUGCGCAGCGGGAACAAGGAGUGCCCCACCUGCCGCAAGAAGCUGGUCUCCAAACGCUCCCUGCGCCCCGACCCGAACUUCGACGCCCUCAUCUCCAAGAUCUACCCCAGCCGGGACGAGUACGAAGCCCACCAGGACCGGGUGCUGGCCAAGCUCAACCGCCUCCACAACCAGCAGGCCCUCCGCAGCAGCAUGGAGGAGGGGCUGAAGAUGCAGGCCAUGAACCGGGGGCAGCGGGUUCGGAAGCACCCCCCGGAGUCGGACAACACCACCUUCAGCGGGGCGGAGGACAACUGCGACAGCCGCUCCCACCUCAGCAACGCCUCAGCCCCCAGCCAGCCAGAGGCCGGGCCCAGCUGUAAGCGCUCACGAGCCUCGGACGAGUCGUGCGCCGAGCCAGAGACCUCGCACGAGGGUGGGCGGGGCAGCCCCGAGCCCGGGGCCGAGUCCAGCAGCAGCGAGAUCGAACUGGUCUUCCGGCCCCACCCCGUCUUGGUGGAGAAGGGGGGCUACUCACAGACCAGGUAUGUGAAGACCACGGCCAACGCAACGGUGGAUCACCUUUCCAAAUACCUGGCUCUGCGCAUUGCCCUGGAAGGGGCCCCGGCCCCGGGCCCCGAGGCCCCCGCCCUGGAUGAUGUGAGCGAGAAGCAGUACACCAUCUACAUCACCACAGCUGGCGGGGCCUUCACGACGCUGAACGGGUCGGCGACCCUGGAGCUGGUGAACGAGAAAUACUGGAAGCUGAGCAAACCACUGGAGCUGUACUACGCCCCCACCAAGGAACAGAAAUAACGGGGAGGGGGACCGCCUGACGGACAGCAGCUAGGCGGGCAGGGGACGGCAUCAUUUUUGCCCUCAAGGUGCCUCUCCAAAGAAGAUGCUUCGCUGGGGGGGGGGGGGGGUGCCGCUUUAUCCCCAACUGUGACCUACCCCAAAUCUUCCAAGGCUGGCAGGGAAGGGCAGAGACACCCUUCUGUAUUGGCUUCUUCUCCCAUGAAGGACUGGGGGGCUCCUGCUCUCCCCGCUUCUCUGUCUCCUGUGCGGGGGUUGAUGGGGUUAAGGUUCAAUUCCUGCCUUUUUACAGCUGUUUUUUGUGGAACUGAAUUGAUCACAGAAUAUUUGCCCCUUUGAA